CAAUCGUAGGUAGGUAGGUAUGUAAGUUUCUGGUUUCUGAACUGAUUUUUGUGAUGUGAAAUGGCGAAAUUGUGACUCUUGUGGAUCAAUUUAUUUUUUAUGUUCGUUACCUAAAUAAUUAACAUUUUUUAUAAAAAGUAAUGCAUGAUUUAAAUUGCUAAAAGAUAUAUGAUAUAUUUUAGUCAUUUGUAAACCAUGAUCGUGUUAUAUUGACUUUUAUCUAUAAUAAGUUCUAUGAAACCAGUUGUGGGCAUUUUGGCUUCAAUCGGAUUUUUCAGUGUAACUCAGGGUUUAAGGUUGCAGCGAUGAACAACUGUGGUGCAGCUGCUAUUGGAAGCACAGUAGGUGUUCCAAGUGGUACAUAUGAUGGAAAAAUAGCUGGACUGUAUGACUUGCUUGAUACUCUCGGUUCUGGACAUUUCGCUGUCGUCAAACUAGCAAGACAUGUAUUUACGGGUGAAAAAGUUGCUGUAAAAGUAAUAGAUAAAAGCAAAUUAGAUGAGGUGUCCAAAUCACAUUUAUUUCAGGAGGUUCGAUGUAUGAAGCUUGUGCAGCACCCUAAUGUUGUACGACUAUAUGAAGUUAUAGAUACACAGACUAAGUUAUACUUAAUAUUAGAAUUAGGAGAUGGUGGUGACCUAUAUGACUAUAUUAUGAGACAUGAAUCUGGUCUAUCAGAAUCUCUUGCACGUGAUUAUUUUCGUCAAAUCGUUCGUGCUAUCUCAUAUUGCCACAGGUUACAUGUAGUGCACCGGGACUUGAAGCCUGAGAACGUAGUUUUCUUUGAAAAAUUAGGUGUAGUGAAAUUGACUGAUUUCGGUUUUAGCAAUAAAUUCUGUCCAGGCCAGAAGUUAGAAACUUCUUGCGGCUCGUUAGCUUAUUCUGCUCCAGAGAUUCUAUUGGGUGACUCUUAUGAUGCCCCAGCGGUGGACGUGUGGUCCCUGGGUGUCAUUCUGUACAUGCUCGUGUGUGGACAAGCACCUUUUCAAGAGGCUAAUGAUAGUGAAACUUUAACAAUGAUCAUGGAUUGUAAAUAUACCAUACCACCACAUAUAUCAAAUUCAUGUAAAAGACUCAUAGGAAGAAUGCUCGUAAGAGAACCAGAAAAAAGAGCCACAUUAUCAGAAAUAGCCACAGAUCCUUGGGUUACUGCUGGUGAAGGGAUAACCGUUGAGGACUUUGAUACACCUCUUGUGGCUAAAGAACAACUCUCGGAAGACGACCGGUCCGCAAUCAUUCAGAGAAUGGUUAAUGGUACUAUAGGAACAAAAGAGGAGAUACUGGAGGCUCUUGAAAAAAAUGAGUACAAUCAUAUUACUGCUACAUAUUUCUUGUUGGCUGAGAGAAAAUUAAGAUCAAAAAGGCUGGAGCAGAAUCGCGGCGUCCGUCGGCCGGAAGCGCUGAGCGUGGUGAAGUGCGGCGGCGCAGGCGGAGGCGCGGGGGGCGGGGCGCGGCUGCUGGCGCCGCCGGCCGCGCCCGCCGCGCCCCGCACGCCGCAGGACGUGCCUCCGCGGUCGCGCAAAUGUAGCAUUGUGCGCGAGGAGGAGGAUGACGAGGAGGGCGGCGUGUCGGGCGGGGAGGGUCGCGGGGGGGGCGCGCGGCGCGGCUCGCGCUCCGAGGGCCGCCUGCACCUCGCCGCCCGCGCCGCGCACGUCUCGCUGCCUGUCCCGCCGCCGCAUCCGCCGCAUCCGCCGCAUCCGCCGCCCACUACGCAACUGGCUGAAAACCUUGUCAAGGUAAAUUUGGACGACGAGGUGUGCCGGGAUAUCGAAAAAGUAAUCUACGGCGGAGGGGAGGGCGGCGCGACCAGUAGCACUCCGGCGCCGCGUGUGCCUCCCCCCGCCCCGCCCCCCGCCCGCCGCCAGCGCCUCGACUGCCGGCGCCGCAGGCCGCGCGCCGGCUCCUGCUCCUCCUCCGACCUCUCCGACGACGACUCCGAGAAAAAGAAACGGGCAGCCGAGCGCGCAGAGCUGCCCGCGGACCGGCCGCGACGCGACUCUCACGAUGACUCCAGCGACAGCCAGGAGCGGGGCGCGGGGGCCGGGGGGCGCGGCGGGGCGCGGGCCUCGCCGGCGGGUGUGGCGGGUGCGCCGGGGGCGGGCGGCGGCGGCGCUGGGGCCGCGGGGGCGGGGGGCGCGGGGGGCGCGGCGGGCGACGCGCGCGGCGGCGGCGGGCGGCGGCGGCGCGCGGCGCGCAAGGAGUCGCGGCUGCGGGAGUCGCGCUCGCUGAACCGCAUCGCGGAGGUGGAGGAGGCGGCGGCGGCGCGCUGGGCGGGCGGCGGGCUGGCGGCGCUGUGCGGCCGCCCGCUGCUGCGGCUGCUGGCGGCCGCGCGCCCCUCGCCCUCCGCCCGCCGCCUGCCCGGUCUCUGCUAGCCGCCCGCUAUCACGUCCGGAACCUAUGAGAUUGUCUCUACGCGAUGCGAGUUUCCUGAAAUCGCUUUGUUGACUUCGUUCUUGACGUAGUUGUCUAAUAGCUUGCUACACGGAACACCCAUGAUAUAGACGCGUUGCGUUACGAAGCCGCUCGCGGGUCCAGUCUCCGCGACGAUCAUAAUAUUCGACGUGCGGUCUGAUGGUUGGCAGUGAGGAUCCGCUCGUGCUAUUGCAACUGAUCAAAACAGCAAUUGUUUUGUUGUUUCGAGCGAUUGUUGGUUCCACGGGGCUUCAUCCUCUUCUGGUAAUACUUUGUUCCCAUACAAACAACAAUUUACAAACUAACAAACAUGACAAGAAGCCGUGUAUAUCAAAACAAUUAUAAUCAUUACCAAUUUCCACUUACUGUUAAGUGUAUUGUUACAAUCUGACUGAACUUGACCCCAUACUAUCCUUAGUAAUAUGCGACUGAAUCACUCGAGUUCCCAACUCUAUAAUAAAUAUAGAUCUGUUACUAUUUUGUAAUAUUAGACGAAACUAAAUUGAGCCAAUGCCAAAUGAUAAAUCGAUGUAUAUGUAAACAACUGCGCCUCAAUUUUAUACGGUAUCUUUAUUUUGAAAAGUUUAUUAUCUAUUUAUUCAAUGUAGUGACAAUAUAUUUAGUGAUGAUUGAUAACUUUAAAUUUUAAUGAUUGAUAAAUUUGAACAAGUGAGUCGUCAACAAGAAUUGAGAUCUGACUAAAACUAUAUUAUUGGCCAAUUUGAAACGCUUUUUACUUACAUUAUACAUUUCCAUUAAAUAUUCUUAUAUUCGUACAUUACAUUGGAUAAAUAUAUCUGAUAUCGUCUUACUCAUCACCUUACUCAGGAGCACACCCAUCUAUCAUGUCGAGGUAAACAGGGUUUCACAAUUCAGUUACCUGUCACGUAUACCAUCAUAGUAACCGUCUACAAAAAUUACAUAUUAAAUAAUGUACAUGGUGUUUCGUAAUUUCAUGCUCGACGCUAGCCGUCCCUCUCUUACUCAAAAAAUUAUGAGUAAGAGUGUAUGACAGUCAGGGUUUAUAAAUUGAUUUUUCAUGGACUAACAAAGGCGUUUGGUAACUAGGUCUAGCAACUAACACCUAAACUACUACAUUAGUAACAGAAUAAAUAGAUUUCUCGAUAAUUCAUUUCACUUUGAAAUAAACCAGAAAAAAAGAACAACAAAAUCUUUAUUAGCGAACCAUUUUGCUAUGCAGCGCAGCAAUAUAAUACUUUAUUUGCUAGCUUGCACUUAAUUUUGUAAUAUUUUCUAAAUACAUAACACUAUUACUUAAUUUAAAGAACAAAGGACAAUUUAUCGAUGUUGCGUGUAGUCAAUAUGAAAAUAAAAAAUAUUCUAAAUGAUGUGCAUUUCUUUCGCAUAGAUAUAAUUUAUUCUGCAAGUAUUUAAUGAGUAAUUUUUUCGAAUUGUGCAUGUAUUUACAUUUAAUAUUUGUGUGCUACUUCAAAUGGGAAUGUUAAAUGAGUUUAAUGUUGUGUAUUAAAUUAAAAAUCUAUGUACAUAUUUAAAUUGUUGUAAAUAUAUAGUUUAUCUGAAAAAUAAGCUGGACGUUGAUUUUUGGUUUUAGUUGUAUUCCACAUAAAGUGGAUAUUCGAGUUGUCUUGUAUAUGACGAUUUCUGUUAUUCGUUCACGAAUAUUAUGUUUGUUACUAUGUCAACAGUUUUGUAAUGAAGUUUGGUUGCACUUGUUAGGUGCUCGUAAUUUUCCAGGAACGUAAUAAGAUAAGACCAAAGAUUGAAAAUUGUGUUUUGCAUCCUCCAUCUUGUGCUGUUCGGUGCCAACAUAAUGUAAGCUUUAACUUCACACUUGUGUAAUCUAUAUACGUACGAGUACAUUGAGUAGACUGUGGCGGUGCUUGAUUUUUGAAACUUCAACCUUUUAUGAAUUUCUGUGCUAUGCGGCUCUUUUUGUUAAUUAUAAGUUGAUAAACUGGCAGACAACCAUUUGACAAAAACUAUUAUGUGUACAUACUGCACGAGUAGGAGUAUAAUAACUUUUUAAGUCGUCGUAGCGUACCUUAUGGUCAAGCUAUUGUGGUCUUGCUUUGAAAUAACACAAACGUGAUUGCUGAGUUGACAAAAUAUUAUGAUGAAUAUUAAUGUAUAUUUCCUUAUACCAAUCACGUUCUGUUAAUAGGACUGUUACAUCAGCGUCUCUACAUUACUCCCCCUUUGCACUAUAAAAUGAAGUUGCUAAACGUUUAUUGUUCGUUUGAAUGUUACGAUAUACGUAUAUUACAGCUGCAGUUUCUUCAAAACUUUUUUCAUUUUACAUUCUUCUACACUUUGAAAUUAUAUUGAAAUACUUUCCUAAAGGUAUAAAAGCACCGAAACAAUGUAACAAUAAUCUUAAAUCGUUGAGUUGUGUCACCAUAUCUCUUAGCCUAUGAAGGCUUAAAUAUAACAAAAAAUUGUAUUUGUAGUGUGAUGCUUUCACGUGAAUCGCAACGUAGUUGUGUAAAUUUAGUUUAUCGUUAUACCCCAAGAUGUUGCAAUGUAUUCAAUUAAAUUAGGUAGGCAGGUAUAAAAAUUUUUGAAAGUAUGGAUUAUUUCGAAGUGGACACUUCACACGCCAUUUUUAUGGACGUUAAUAUAUGUAUAGUGGUGUUGUAAUAUAUAACAAAAUUAAAUUGAAAUUGACAGAGUUAAAAAAUGUAACGAAGUAUUUUUUAAUAGGCUUUCUUGGAAAUAAAAUGAACUCAUUAGCAAUAUAGGUGUGCAUGUGCAGACCAUCACCUGUCUCGCGUUUACCUUGUGGCCCCUGAAGGGUACAAAACAAACUACUUUUAUAAUACUUAUUUAGUAAUGUUUUACGAUAAUUUUGGGAAUAAUAAGGCAGAGAAGUGACAUCUGCUGUCUUGAAAAUAUCUGACUCAUACUGAUUUUUUCUAAAAACAAUAUGAACUAAUAUUAAUUAUAUUUAUGUGUGCAUUAAGAUCUAAAGAGGUUCAGAGACAUCGUAUAUGCCACCUAUAUUUAACAUAAAAAAUCUAAUUAUUCAAAAUUGCUGAAGAUUUAUCGAAUACCUAAGUUUAGUGAUUUUUUCCUAGAUAUUUCCUUGUUUUCAAUUAUUAUUUCGGCUGGAUCUGCUGGCGCGUACUCGCAGUUGCUUUAUUAGCGACGCUUUUCUCUUAUUUAUCCGAACAGAGCCAUAGAACAACUAUAUAGUUGUUAAAUAUUUAUUAUUUACAAAUUAUAUUCCAGCAGAUAGGUAGCUGUGAUAGUUGAAUACUCAUUCUAUUUGUAUAUCGUAUACUUACAUUAAAAAUUGCAUAAAUAUUCGAUUAUUUUUAAUUAGAACUGAAUGGACGUAUAAAAAAAUAUAUCUUUUUUUAUACGUCCAUGUAGGACUGUAUGUGCAAUAUGAAGGAUAUCCAAUGAGAGCUUUGUAAUUUGUACAUUUAUAUUAAAUUUGUAUGAUUGAAGUACAUCUGUGUAGUGGAUAUAAUAAAUAGCAUUUUACUGAUAUUCUAAUUACUGUGUACCUGGUUGCCAUCUGUAUUUGGCGUUAAAUUUAAGCUUUUUGCAAACUGUCCAGAACUAUAGUAGUUGACUAGACUUCGAGUCUAUUGAUAAGAUUACAAUGUUUAUAGACGAGAAGUCAAAUGUAUAGAAUGUCUUGCCAAACAAAGAAAUUAUGUUUUUCCAGAUUGUGCGUAAUAUUAUUUAUUUUGAUGUAUCGAAGAAUCUUUUUAUAGACAAAAAUGUAAUAUCGUUAUUAUACAUAUUUUUUUAGUUUGAUGUUCUCUUAAAAUGUUUGUCUCAAUAAAUGUAAAAAAUAUA